AACCGGACAUAAUGUCGAGCCGCCGUGCUCAUUCAUUGCCACCGCACAUGCUUGAGCCUGUCAAGCCGGAACGUGGACGAUGUGUCACCGCCAUCUGCUUUUCGUGGAAAGUCAUCACUUGUAUUGUGUCGCACGUGACAUUGAUUCUGAUGGUGGUGUGCUAUUGUGUCGGCGGUGCCUAUUUGUUUCAGCAUUUGGAAGGAGAACACGAAGCUGAGGUCAAAACGGGCAUUCACAAAAUGCGCAACAAUUUAACGGAGAUCAUUUGGACCCAUUCGGAGAAUCAAACCUUCCUGCAGGAAACCGAAUGGAAGACCUCCAUUGAAAGCAAGCUGAUGAUAUUCGAAAAGCAAAUAUUGACAGCCAUGAAGAGUGAUGGCUGGGAUGGCGAUGACAAUAUCAAUACGACACAAUGGACAUUCGCUGGAUCAUUGUUUUAUUCGAUAAUUGUUAUUACAACAAUAGGUUAUGGCCACAUUUCACCACGAACCGAUUGGGGUAAAGUGACCACAAUAUUUUACGCCAUUGUCGGUAUACCAUUGAUGCUGCUUUGUCUCUCGAAUAUUGGUGAUGUCAUGGCCUCAUCGUUUCGCUUCAUUUAUUGGCGUGUUUGUUGUUACAUUUGCACCCGUAAUUCGAAGAAAAAUCGUCGGGCACGUCAGCGGUCGAUACGUGCACCACGCUAUACAUCCCGAUCUCAACCACCACCAUCAUUUCGCAGAUCAAUGCGAAUGUCACAGCGACCGCCACAGAGUGGUUUGCAGCAUGCCUAUUCAGAUCCUGAACUAAGGACAGUGGGUCGUAAUGGAUAUGAACGUGAUUUCGAUUAUGAUCGAUAUCCAGAUCGUCGCACUGGCGGAGGUAGUGAUCGUCGUCGUGAUCCACAUAGGAUGACUGCACCACCUCAACGACAUCCCUAUGAUGAUGAACAAAUGUUCAAUGAAAGCCCGCCAUACACUCAGACCCUUAAUCGACCAGGGCGUUUUAGUAGCCGUCAAAGUCGUCGUGAUCGCAUGCGGGAUCGGCACACUGUCGAGCGGGAAAGACAUUUGAGUCGAUCAAAACAACAUUUUGAUUCGGUGGAAGAUUUUGAAGAUCUACCACCUGCAACAAAACGGGCAAUGAGUGUUCGUUCCAUGAGAUCACCACAAUUGCGACGUGAUGAAAUCUCCCGAGAAUCAAGGGAAUCAAAAGAACUUAAUCGCCUGAACUCCCACCAGGCAAUGGUGCGCGGCAAAUCAAUGCCGCACUCAAGUGCCAGGGCCAGAGCGAAGUCCGUCGAUCCUCGUCUAUCGGCAGCCCACUACGAAGAUGUCGAUGAGGAAGUGGUACGUAAAACACCCAUCAUUUCCAAUCGUUAUGCCAUCACAGAAAUGGAACAUCGUGAAUCGCGUAAUAAAAAUUACAUGCGCAGUCAAUCAAUGCCGCGUUCAGCCUUCCAUAAGAAUAAUUUAAAUCCGCACCCACAAUCACCAACACAUCGUUCGUCGUCUAGACAUUUUAAUGACGACACGGCAAAUCACAUAAAUGCUGGCGCUUCGAAUCGCCGCUCUAUGCCAAAUCCAACAGGACGUCGUGGUAGCUUGGGUCGACAAACGUCACUUGGUCCCCUGCCAAGUAAUGGCAACUCGAGGUAUGGCAAUCAUUUGGAAUUGCCAGAGUACACGUCACCGCAUCGAACAAAACGUGGUGUAUCACCGCGUCGACAUGAAAUCUACGAUGAAGAAUAUGAAGAUCAAUAUCUUGAAGAUCCGGAUGAAUAUAUGCGUCUACAGCAUAUGGAGAGAAGAGAUCGUGGUGAUAGAAAUUAUGAUGAUAUCGAAUAUCACCGAUCAUCGAUGCGAAAAGAAAGACGGCAGCGUAAAGAAAAACAAGAACGUUUACCACCCUCACCGCGUAUUAUGUCACCCAUGGGAUUUGCUGUCAAAAGACAAGUUCGAAGGCGACCCAGUUAUGAUUACGAUGACGAUUCCAUGUACGGCGAUGACUUGAGUGAUUAUUAUGGUGAUAUACCACCCAAAGACCGUCCCGUGCCAAUAUGGUUGUGUGUUUUUCUAGUCAUUAGUUAUAUAUUGGGCGGGGCAGCCUUGUUUGCAUUCUGGGAGAAAUGGUCAUUUUUGGAUUCGGCCUAUUUUUGUUUUAUAACACUGACAACAAUUGGGUUUGGCGAUUUUGUUCCAGCCAAAGGUGUUAAAGAUGAAUCCGAACAAUCCAUUGCCUAUUGUUCGUUGUAUUUACUAUUCGGCAUAGCUUUGUUGGCCAUGAGUUUUAAUUUGGUCCAGGAAGAAUUCAUUGCCAAUGUUAAAGAGGUGGCGCGACGAUUGGGUAUUUUAAAAGAUGAGGACGAUGAGGAUGAUUAA